AUGGGGUUGCGCGACGCAGCUGUGCUCCGCCCGCGUGCCGCUCUUUCCCCGUCCGCGCGACCCUCCGCGGGCCCCGCUACCGCAAGUCAUACCAGCGAAUCCCCUCUCGCCGCGGGACCGGCUCCAUCCCCGUACCGCUCACUCCUAACACUCGCGACGCACCGAUUCGUCGCGCUCUUCUUUCUCCUCGCGGUCGUCGCGGCGUUCGUCGCGGCGGGGCUCCUCGCCUCGUACGCGCGCAGCCCGGCGCAGCUGCCGGGGGGCGCGCAUCCCGGCGCAGCAGCCAAAGGCGCGCAGCUCGGCGCAGCUGCCGGGGGCGCGCAUCCCGGCGCAGCAGCCAAAGGCGCGCAGCUCGGCGCAGCAGCCCGGGGGGCUCCUCGCGGCGGGGCUCCUCGCCUCGCGCGCGCGCAGCCCGGCGCAGCUGCCGGAGGCGCAGAGGGCGGAAACGGCAGGCGGAGAGAAAAAAUCCGAAAACGGGCGAGCGUGGGCACGUGGGCUGUAUUGCAACGUCACCAGCAUGAUGAGGUGAGGGAGGGGACGAGGGAAGGGAGUGUGCAGCUGCAGCUCGGUUUGCAGCCAGUUGUCCUCAUGGAGUGGGAGUGGGAGUCGGACGUCAUGCCCAUGCGCAAGCUCCCCCUUCUGUAUCCCCCCGGUUUCCGCCCUCCCCCUUUCAUUCCCCCGCAGCCAGCAACCGAUAAUCCUGAUGGUGCAUUUUCAGGCUCUAUUCGGCUCGUGGGAGUGGGUGGGACGUCAUGCCCAACCCCCUUUCAUCACCCCCCACCCAGCAGCCAAUGGUCCGCAUGGAGCAUUCUCAGGCUCGCUUUGCCUCGUGGGAGCGGGAUGUCGCUCGUGGGAGUGGAACGUCAUGACCAUGGGCAAGUUCCUCAUUCCCCUCUCUGCGUCCUCCUCUCCCCUUUCGCCCCCCCCCCCCAGGCAGCAGCCAAUAACCGGCAGCCAAUAAUUUUCCUGGAGCAUUUUCAGGCUCGCUUCGGUUCGUGGGAGUGGGACGUCAUACCCAUGCGCAAGUCCCCCAUCGGGCCACGCACGGAGAAGCUAGCUGUGUGGAGGAACGUGUUUCUGGUGGUGCGUGCACCGGAGGAGGGGCAGUACGGGUUCAUGCUGUGCGAUAAGGAGCACAUGCAGCUGGCGAUUUGGAGGAACGUGCUUCUGGUGGUGCGUGCACCGGAGGAGGGGCAGUAUGGGUUCAUGCUGUGUGAUAAGGAGCACAAGCAGGUGAAUGGAGGGGCGUGGGAGAGUGGGAUGAGUGGAAUGUGGGAGAGAGGGACAAACCAGGACAACAUCACCUUCAACCAGGACAACAUCACAUUCGACCCGGAGUUUCUCUUCCCCAAUGACGCAUUCACCCGCCUCGCACACGCCAUGGCUGAUUCCAUGGGCGGCCCACACCGCUUUGACUACAUACACGUGCGGCGGGGAGACAAGCUGGACGCUAGGCGCUGGCCGCACCUGGAUCGAGACACCAGACCUGAAGCGUGA